AGGUGGGGCGGGUCCCGGCAGCCCUCAGGCCGCGGUUGCUCCCGGUUCUGGGAGGACGGGACGGGGUGUGGCGGUACCGCGCGCUCCCUUCCAUUCCGUUCCGCACCGCUCCCCGCGGGUGUGAAGGAGGGGCAGGGUGGGGGGCUCAGCCCUCUCACAGCCACCGCCUUUUCCCCGCCGAACCUGGUGGGGCCGGGCCGGGCCGGACCGGACGCGCUGCCCCCGCUCCCUCCCCGGACAUCUGCCGCGGCGGCAUGAGGAUUAAGGCCGUGAGCCAAGGCGUAACGGGAGGAGCGGGCGGUCCCAUGGGCCGCGGGGCUCCCCGGGGCUGGCGGGGCUGAGCACCACGUCUGUGUACUUGGGAAAUCCGAAGCAGUUCUUCUCAAAGCAAACAGAACUCACAGGUUGCCAUGUUCAUGUUGCUCGUGUUUGGAUUGCUACUGCAAGAAAUCCUGGCUAAUUCCCAAACUGAAAACCUUACUGAAUUCAAACACGUUCCAGAAGAGCCGUUAUAUAGCUACGAAGCCAUCAACUUGCCAGAUGAGCAUAUCCCAUACUUUCUGCACAAUAAUCAGCAUAUUGCUGGCAUCUGUAAGCAGGACUCUCAUUGCCCUUAUAAAAAACACUUGAAGAAACUGAAAUCCUGCUGGGGUUACGAGAAAUCUUGCAAAUCAGAUUACAGGUUCAGUUACCCAGUGUGUGAUUAUGUUGAAACUGGAUGGGCAAGUGACAUUGAGACAGCCCAGCAGAUAUUCUGGAAGCAAGCUGACUUUGGUUACAUUCGGGAGAGGCUCAAUGAAAUGAAAACUCAUUGUAAGCCUGCAACAAGAGGAGAUUCAUCUCUGACCUGUUCUCAGUACCUUCAGCACUGCAGAGCAACAAACUUGUACAUUGAUUUACGAAGUGUGAAGAGAAACCAUGACAGGUUCAAAGAAGACUUUUUCCAGAAGGGAGAAAUUGGAGGUCAUUGCACUCUUGAUGUUCAAGCAUUUUUGGCUGAAGGUCAACGCAAGAGCCCUCUGCAGUCUUGGUUUGCAGAACUCCAGACAUUUACUGCCUUGAGCUUCAGGCCCUUAGAAGAUGAGAAGUGUGAUGUUAUUAUUGAAAAGCCAACAUACUUCAUGAAAUUAGAUGCAGGUGUUAAUAUGUACCACCACUUCUGUGAUUUUGUCAAUCUUUACAUUACACAGCACAUUAAUAAUUCCUUCAGUACUGAUGUCAACAUAGUCAUGUGGGACACAAGCUCCUAUGGCUAUGGUGACCUCUUCAGUGAGACAUGGAAGGCUUUUACUGACUAUGAAAUAAUACACUUGAAAACUUUUGACUCCAAAAGGGUCUGCUUUAAAGAAGCAGUCUUCUCAUUACUGCCUCGAAUGAGAUAUGGCUUGUUUUAUAACACCCCACUGAUCUCUGGCUGCCAUGGUACAGGGCUGUUUAGAGCAUUUUCACAACACGUGUUACACAGAUUAAAUAUCACACAAGAAGGACCCAAGGAUGGGAAAAUUCGAGUCACAAUACUUGCACGCAGUACAGACUACCGGAAAAUAUUAAACCAGAAUGAGCUGGUGAAUGCUUUGAAAACAGUAUCAACCUUGGAGGUCAAAGUGGUGGACUACAAAUACAAGGAACUUGAAUUUUCAGAGCAAUUGAGAAUUACCCACAACUCUGAUAUAUUCAUUGGGAUGCAUGGAGCUGGACUCACCCAUUUGCUCUUUCUCCCAGACUGGGCUGUUGUUUUUGAACUAUACAACUGUGAAGAUGAACGUUGUUACCUGGAUCUGGCAAGGCUGAGAGGCAUUCACUACAUCACUUGGAGAAAAAAGAAUAAAGUGUUCCCUCAGGAUCAGGGACACCACCCAACACUGGGAGAGCAUCCAAAAUUUACAAACUACUCCUUUGAUGUGGAAGAAUUUAUGUACUUGGUGCUUCUGGCUGCAAAUCAUGUUUCACAGCAUUCCAAGUGGCCAUUUAGGGUAAAACACGAUGAAUUAUAAAUCAGAUUUCUGACUGAAAUCCUGUUUUUAAAUAAUGCUCCAUUAAAAUAUUGUAACAUCAUAAAGCAAAAUGCUACUGUGAACCAUGUAAACCUCUACGAGGGAAAUAACCCAUUACUGAUUUGUCAAUCCACUUCUUGGCACCAUACCUUACCUUUAUAAUCCUGCUCUUUAGUUCUGGGAGUUUUCAAUAUGUAAAAACUAUUUUUCAGAAUGCUUUUUGGGUUUUGCACUGUAUUUUUAUAUUCCAAAAUCUGAAAUACUUGUCAUAAUACAAAGAUAUGUCCAUCCAUUUCAUGUAAGAUUUUCUGGGCUAGAUACCAACUUCUUAAAUACUUUAUGCCUGUUAUUAUGUGAGGAAUUGUUAGAGGAUGAAGAGUGCUCCAGCUUUGUUUCUCUGUACAGUUUCUCUGGGAAUGAAACAUGCCUGUCAGAGCUCCUCAGUUUCUCUUCUUGAGAAGUGGGAUGCUUUUAUGCUGUGGCCCUGUACCUCUAAGUGAAAAUCUGAAUAAGAAUUGUCUUCCUAUUUUAAGACACUGCUCAGCAUCUCAUUUGCAGUCGAGUUACACAGAGCUGUGGUUUCAGCAUGGUUGGUUAAUUCCUUUCUGUCACCAUCCAUGUCCUUGCCCUGGUUGUUCCUGUGUUGUUUUUUAGGUCUGAAGGUCUUCCUGUGUAAAACUGUGGUUCUAAGAAUGAAGUGGUUAAGCAAGCUUUAACUUGUGCUGUUUGAUUCAGCAGACACUGCAGACUUCUAUUGCAAGUUUAGAAACAUUUUCAAGCUAGAGAGCAGAGUUUCUGCAUUAACUGGAUUCUGCAUCCAGUUAAUAUAUAAUUAACUCCCCUCCCUGUAAUCUUAAAUGCUAAAAUAUAAACGGUGUGCUCUCUAGGCUUAGUCAGACUUCUAUUUCAAAGCAAGGAAAUCUUGUCCUAAGAGAGUACUUAAAGCUUCAGGUAAUCUGGGUGUUUUCUAGGUUUUCACUUAAAACAGCACCGUGCAAUGGAAAACCUGAGCAAAUUGGAAUAAAACUCAAGGCUUGUUCAGGAUGCUGAAUGGAACAGACUUCUAGUUUUUUAGGACGAAUGAUUCUAUGUGUAGGGUAUCUUUCAGCUGCAGCUGAAAGGAAAUAAAGUCAUGAGGAACUUUGUUCUUGGAGUCACUGAAAGGCUGAUCUAGUAAUAUUCUUGUAUCUCAACAUAUCAGAGUCAAUCUAGAAAACUUCUGAAAAUCCUUCCAAAGCCAGUAGCAUAGUUCACUGUUUUCAGUGAAGGAAAUAUUAAGCCAAAUCUGAUCUUUUUCAGACAAAAUUCCUUCUGGAACUGACUUGUUGGUGCUAGUGAGGGGUAGGGGGAGUGAAAAGAAUAGUUCUGUUGUCUUAAGUGGGUCUGGAAAGACAUAUGGAAGAAUCAAGUUCAGAGAGAUAAAAACCAGGAGUUCUGUGUUAAGUUAUGGAUUUUUUUGAGAAUGUGUUCCUGUGAUAGACUUGCAGUAUAAUCAAGUCUCAGUGGCUUGAAGCAGAGCAUAUGUUUGUAUGCAGAAGAAAGACAGUUACAGUAAAUGUAAAUGCUUCACUGGUAUAAUUGUAGAUAUUAUUGACUUCCAUUCUCCAGCAGUCAUAGACAAUUUCAGAGAGUGUAAGUACAUUUAUUGACCUGCCUAUACUGGUAGAGGUAUAUAUCAUACUGUAAGUAUGAUUUUCAUAUAGAUCUCUCAUGACUUUAAGCAGUGCAUAGGAAAAAACUAGAUUAUGGGUGGUACACAAGAUAAUAUUAAGGUAUCUGGUGCAAUUCUUACCAUAGUGUGUUGUUUUACUGAUGGAGAAAACUGACCAUAGAAGCAAAAUUGCACUUCUUGAUAUGAAAAAAGUCCUUGAGAAAGACAAUUUCUUGUAUUUGUGUGUGGGUUUUUGUUGUUGGUUCUGUUUGUUUGUUUGUUUCUGUUUUUACCCUGUGGGAUUUUAAAAGGAAAAAAAAAAUAUAUGAAGCUUAAGUCAGUAAAACGUUUGAGUGCAAAUGAAAGCAAAAUAAGGAAGACAUUUAACUAUGAACUCUGCACAGAUAUUUGAUAUUUUUUUUUAAUAAAAACCUUUUUAAAUAAGGAGAAAAGUGUAAAAUUUUUGAUUAUAGUUUGCCAGGUGUUGGAGAGAAAUGUUUUGAAUACUUUUAAUUGCACGGAGCUCACGCGUCUGCUUUUUCCUGCUGUGACAACCUGAGGUGCUGAGGUCCAAACUGAUACUCAGGUUUCUUUUUCUGGGAAUCCUCAGAGGCAAUUCUGUCACCUUGCACUGAUGACUUUGUCGCCAGGCAUUUUAAGAUUGGCUUGUGGAAAUCUUGUGUGUGUGUUUUAACUUUCUACUCUGCAGAUGAUGGUGUUGAAGCCGGUGUGAGAGUCCAGGCGUGUGCUUGAAUCUGUACAGGAGCAGCUAAUGAGGAGCUUCUCUUUCAAGCCAUGUUAGUACUCAUUAAAACAAGUGGUGGAACAGAUGCCUGGAUGCCUGAAAGGGAGGCUGGGAGGAGUAAAUCCAAGGGCAAAAUACCCUGCCAACAUUCACCACUUUCAACAGAUUUGAGUGCGGCGUCUGCAGGUGAUGGGCAACGUUUUCCUCAACCUUUAGAGUUUAAAAUGAAAACACUGUUGGGGUUGAUUAGUUCUACAAAAAGUCACAAAAUGAUUUGGGCAGCAGAGGGAAAUUUUGUUGGAUUAGUGGGAUUUUUUUCCAGUAAUUCCUGAGGGAGAGUUUGGACAACACAAAGAUCUGAGUCAUUACUUUCUUAAAGAGGGUCUGAGCCCUCUUUGGAAUUUGAGGGAAUACAACAGACUCUUGGGCCACUUGUUCUUCAGGCAGAAUAUAGCUCUGGUUUAUAUUUUCCUAACAGACCAUAGGAAUCUUGUUCCUUGCUACUUCUGGGUCACUGUGGUGGUUUUUUUUGGUUUUUUUGGGGUUUUUUUCUCCCCAGUUAACUUAAGCUCAGAGUCUGUAUUUAACUGGCACACUGGCAUCAAUCUGAUGAAUUUAGUUUUGGGUCUUAAUGAAGAUUUCCAGUCCUGAGUGCUCACAGGAUUGCCUCUUUUUCAUGCACAUAGUAAAUCAAGAUCUGUAAUUCAAAUAAAAAAAUAUUUUAUGGAUG